AUGGCUUCUAGUGGCCCUCCAGCAACACGUAGACGUCGGAAGAAGGAACAAGCCAAAAUAAAAGCAAAAUAUGAUUCAUUAUUUCAUGAUGACAGUCUUCAGGCAAUAGAUACUAACGACAAUAAAGACCAACGGCAGUUUCGACUUUCAGGAUCAAUAUUUAGCCACGCACACAACAUCUAUGAUGAUCACAACAGCAGGGACAGAAGUGCUACAUAUACAAGCAAUAGAAAUUCUGAAGUGGGGAAUGUCCAUGUUAAAAAACCAUCCACACGAGUAACAACCACGAGAAGUCUUAGUAAUAUGGGAAGUCUGUUCAAUAAACAUUGUAUAUGGAAAAUGGAAACAUCUGAUCAGGAAGAACAUGAUGAUCGACCCUUUUCUGCUGAAGCUGCAAAAAAAAACAGAUUGCGAUAUAGUCAUGUCAGUGUUAGAAAAUUGCUAAGCAAAACAGCUCGUACUCGAGUGACUAGCGUUGUACCACCAAAACACGGUAGAGCCGGUACCACAGUUCCAUCAUCGAAUGAUAUGGCCGCUGAUAAUUUCCACUCUCCGUCGACUCUUUCGCUUAAUGUCAUCAAAUUAAAACGUAUAAAAUUUCCAGUUACAGGUAAUAGUGACUCAAACGGACGACGUACGGCGAUUAAUGUCAAGAGCCGACAACAAUACAAUAACACAGAUUUUUCAAGGAAUAAGAAAGAUAGGGCGCCCACUGCCACGGUCAUUAAACUACCAAGUGUUAAAUCAGUUGUUGCUGCUCCUGAUGUUCCUGUUCCCGAUUUACCAUUGUCAAUUUCCACAUAA